UCAUCUAGUAAGUGUUUUAAGGAGACGGAAUGUUUAAAUUGUGCAUUGACUAUAAUCAGCACGAAGAGUGGUGUAAGUUGAACAGUUGUGUUUUAAAACUCCCGACACAACAGGUACUUAAUCUAAAUUGUAAAUGCACUUAGUGAUUACAGUAUAGUGUACUAAACCUUACAAUGAAAAAAUGCACAAGAUACUUUCCAUCAACAUUUGGUAUCCUACUUUCAAAUAGUAAGGCUUGCACAGAGAAAGUCUGUUUGAUAUCACAACGCUUUAUCAGAAAGAAACCAACGGAGCCAGCUCACCUUUAUUAUCGAUGGGGUUUCAAACCAUUACCAGUAGAUACUUCACUAGAUGAGAAGAAUCCACAGUUUGCUGUCCGUCCACCAGAGUUUAAACUACCCAAUCCUAAAGGUAGGCUAUCAAGACGUGAAUGGCGGCGGCGGCUUGCUGAACUACAAAAAUCCAGAAGUGAUCCGGAACUAGAAAAACUUUCAAGAAAUAGACAAUUGAUGGUUUCACUUGAAGAUAUUGACAAAGAAUGGCGUAAGGAAUUUGGACUAUUUGAUUUGAAUAACCUAUCAAAAUUCUAUGGGCUAAAUCGAGAUCUGUUUAAUAACGACGAUGUUGUAGCAAAAGUAUGGCUUGAUGUGGCGUUCAAUGAUGUGAAAAUACACAGAGGAAAUAUUAUCGAGCCUAAGAAGUUACUGCAAGCACCAACUUCGAUAUCAUACGAAGCAGAAGACAAUUCACUGUAUUCGUUAAUAUUGUCAAACUUAGACGGUCAUCCACUUGAUUCGACAAAAGAAAUUGUUCAUUGGAUGGUUUGCAACAUCAAAGGGAAUGAUAUCUCCAACGGUGAAACCGUUUACAACUACCUUCCUCCUCUUCCUUGGAAGGGGACUGGUUUCCACCGAGUUGCUUUUGUAUUGUACGAACAAGAGGACGCGAUAAACACGAGCGAUAUAAAACCAACCAAUGAAAGUUCACUGUGUGGAAGAACAUUUUCUACCCCCACUUUCUGUUCAUCAACUCGUGUUGUUCCAAUCUCGUAUGCUUGGUGUCAGCUUGAGUGGGAUGAGAGUGUGACGCAAUCGUUUCACAAGUUAGGUUUGAAGGAAGAACCCAUAUUUGACUGGGAAGAAUACAUCGAACCUAAAGAAGAAGAUAGAAUGUUAAAAAUUAAACUAAGCGAAUUAAAAUACAGAAAUAUGUAACAAUGCAAGAAAAAAGAAAAGUGCUUUUGCUCAUUUGCUCAUUUGAUGAUAUAAAUCUUUCGUUGUCAAUUCGAGCAGUCAGACAACUUUAAAGUUUGUAACAAACUUGUUUAGGAGAAAUAUAAUAAAAAGUUGACUGAACAAAAUAGUGAUUUGCACAAUAUGUCACUUUUUGCCAAUUAUAUUUAUCAUCGUAGUAACUUUAUGCUCUAUUUUGGAAUAAAUCAUAUGAAAACAAAGAACUAUUUGAAAUAAAAAUAAAAAUAAUCCUUCUUAUAUAACAAUUUCAGAUAAAAAUGUAAACUGAAAGUCUUUAUAUCCUAUGGGAGCUGGAAAGUGUAGGCAUUUUUUUUUUUGGGGGGGGGAGGGGAGCGUAUUGCCAAAUAAAACUGGGGCUUAUGUUCUGGGUUACCAUGCCUGCUAAGAAUAUCUGGAAUUACAGUAAAGUCUGGUAAUAGUCUGGGUUUGCCUCACUAGUCUGAAAAAUGCCUAGAAAGUAAUUUUAGAAAAAAAUUACAAUAAUUUUUAGAUAUGGUUUUAACAAUUUAUAUAUAAAGAGUAGCAACAAGAGGAAAAUAUGUUUCGAAAUUAUUUAAUCAGGUUUCUUGUUUGUUAAAUGUCUGGAAAUUAAUAUCAAUUUAACUCAAGAGUCAGGAAAAAUAAAAUCAAUUUUUAUACCGUAAUUCCUCUUUUUAGCCUCCGGAGGGCUUAUUAAAUUCUGGAGGUUUUGAAGUCGUUUCAUAGGUCACAGAAAAUUGGUUGUUGGACGAUCUCGUUUUGUAAAAAAAAAAAGAACCAUAUAUAUUUUGCAAAUAAAACUUGGGGAGAAAAAAUUAAACCUGCAGCAUAUGGAUAUCGUUGUAUAUGUCAUAGAGGAAAUACGGUAUUUAAUUGAGAAACGCCUGUGGCAACCGAGGCGUCACAUUCGGCAUAAACUUUUAUUGAAUUUCCGCGCCCGAAGGUGUAGGAAAUUCUUUAAAACCGUCGUUUUUUCU